GAAAAAUCAUUAUACUGCAUACAUGAAAAUCCCGACUAUUAUCCAAGAGCCCCAUAAAACACUCCGUAGUAACGCUGAAAAAGUAGACUUCUCAAAAGUCUCACCAGUAGAGCUGGAGAAGGUCGUCAACGAUAUGCGUAUUGCCAUGUAUGACGCCGGUGAUGGUGUGGCUAUUGCAGCUCCUCAGAUCGAUGUGCCGCUGCAGAUAUUUAUGGUGGCAGGAUUUGUGUUCGACCAGCGUGCUAAAUACCAAGGUGACCACGGCAGUCCUGAUCGAGUAUUUAUAAAUCCGGAAAUCAUCAAGCAGUCUAAAACAACUAAAAAGUGUCCCGGUGAAGGAUGUCUGUCAGUACGAUUUACCUAUGGUACGACUAAACGCUCCACCGCUGUUACGAUAAAGGCUCACGAUGAAACCGGUGUAGAAUUUAAAGUAGAAGCUACGGGAUUUCUGGCACAGAUAUUCCAACACGAGAUUGAUCACUUGCAUGGUAUCCUGUUUAUUGAUCAUGCACAUGACAUAAAACUCUUGGAGGGAGAGGAGCGAGAAAACUAUGAAAAAGAAUUAGAGCAAAUAAAACAUGUUUUUAUGAAAUCUAUCCCUUUUAUAUUUUUUGGUACUCCUAAUGUCGCAUCAGAGACUUUGGAGAUUAUGUAUCAGAAAGGACUUGUUCCAAGUCUCAUCAUCACCGCACCUGACCGACCAUCUGGACGUGGUAUGCGCAUGACUCCACCACCGGUCAAAGAAUUUGCAGUCGCGCACGACAUACCGUACCUACAACCAGAAAAGAUUACCGCGGAAGUACUUGAGGAGAUUGAAAAGUUUGUACACGAGCAUGAUAUUAAAAUAUUUAUUGUCGUAGCAUACGGUAAAAUCCUCCCUGAAAAAUUAAUUACUAUUCCUGAAUACGGGACCUACAACAUCCACUAUUCCCUCCUGCCACGCCACCGCGGUGCAAGCCCUGUAGAGGCCAGUAUCCUCGCAGGAGACCAGGUAACCGGUGUAUGUAUCCAGCGUAUGAUAUAUGAGCUCGAUGCAGGAAAUAUUGUAGUAAGUGCAGAAUUAAAUAUUGAUGAUCAGGACACUACGGGUUCAUUGCGUAGUAAACUCAUCCCUCUGGGGGCACAGCUCCUCUGUGACAUAUACAACCAGUUGCCAGAAUAUCCAUACUACAAAGAUAGUAAUAACUAUUAUGCCGACUUGCUCCAAUAUAUUAGAGAUAUUUUUAAG